AUGGAAGACUGGUCGGACGGGGACUCCGCUAGUGAUUCACAGUGGAGCGACUCCCUGACGGGUGACUCCUUGAGCGGGGCGCCCCUGGGUGAUGGCUACCCCUCCACGUGGAAAUCCAUACGCAUCAAAAAAGGGGAAGAAUUCAAAAUUCCCCUGUCAUUACACCCGUCUCGACUUCUUUCCAACUUGGGAGGCAAAUUUUCCACGUCGAGAAGGGAUGCCGAAAGGAGCAUUUUCAAAUACGUGUGGAUGAGCGAAGAUGAGCUGGGGGGAGAAUCAACUGAAGAGGGGGAGGAAGAAGGACAAUACAAGUACGUGUACCAAACGAGGUUCAGCAGACACAGUGUGGUUAGGGCAAAUGUUGAUGAGUAUUCGAUAAGGAGGACUGUUCUGCCGGUGCGAGGGGGGAGAAGUGAUAAAAAGAAUCGAAUCGGGGAUGACCCCCCAAAUGGGACGAAGCUGCACGGACGGAAAAUCACACGUGAGUUGAAUCCCCAAACGGGUAGAACCUCCCAGUUGGGGAUACAGGCGGAAGAAGAACGUGGUAACAUCUUGCUGGAAAACGCCUGGAGGGAUAUUAAACUGGAGGAAGGAGAUCCAUUUGGUAGAACCCCAUUUGGUGGUGACCCCCUCCGCAGUGAUCCCUACCUUUGCUACCCCCUACAGUUGUGCAGUAGGGACGAAAAACAACGCAGACGCAUCAGCAAGGAGCCGUACAAAGUACUGAGCGCCCCAAACUUGGUAGACGACUUUUAUCUGAACUUAGUAGACUGGUCAAGACAAAACGUAAUCGCCGUGGGGUUGCACGAUAAGUUGUGCGUGUGGAAUGAAAACACCUCUAGGGGAGAAGAAGUAUUCACCUUAAAAAGGAAAAAAAAGAAGAAAAAAGAGAAAAAAAAAAAAAACACACAGAAGGACAAAAAAAAUAAAAAAAGCAUAACAUCAUUAAGGUGGAACUUUUUUGGCAACCACUUAGCUGUUGGGUUGUCAAACGGGGUGGUUCAAAUUUGGGAUCUGGAAAAAGAAGUGAAGGUGAGAAAGUACAGGAAUCAUAAACGAAGAGUUGGAUCAUUGGCAUGGUACUACGACACGUUAACCACUGGCAGUAAGGACAACAAGAUUGUCUGCUCAGAUAUCAGAUGCAAGGACAGUAGUUACGCACAGCUAAUCAGUCACUCUUCGGAAGUCUGUGGUCUUCAAUGGAAUUAUAAAACGAAGCAGUUGGCUUCCGGUUCUAAUGACAACUCUGUCUACAUAUGGGACUGCAGAAAACGUAUUCCCCUGUUUCAGCUUACAAAGCAUACCGCUGCAGUGAAGGCCAUCAGUUGGUCUCCUCAUAAAUACAACUUGCUUGCUACAGGGGGAGGGUCUGCCGAUAAAAAAAUAUUCUUUUGGGACACCUCCACGGGGGAGUGUCUUCAUGAACUGCACACAAGUUCGCAGGUUUCAAACAUUUUUUGGAACAAGCAUGCAGAGGAGUUUGUGUCUACCCAUAGUUACUCACUUGGACAGGUAAUACUGUGGAAAUACCCGAGGCUGAAAAAAGUGUCCGCCCUCAGUGGGCAUGCUCUGCGUGUUCUGUAUGGAGCUCUCAGUCCGGAUGGAGAAUCCAUCGUCACGGGUUCGCCCGAUGAGACGUUGCGUCUCUGGAGGGUCUUCCCCAGCGGAGGCAGCAACAGUGCUAUAAUUAACGGUGCAGGGAACUGUGUUGAAAGCUGCCUAGGAAACCGUCUCGGCAAUCCUAACAAUAGCCACCGCUUGGCAUAUCACCCACCGUGCCAAUUUCCCUUUUCAAACUGUUAUGAACAAGUCAGGUAA